CCACAAUCUUCAUCCAACUUACACAAUCCAAUAAAAACUUUGUACAAAUAACGGUAUGACCAGUUUCUCGUUCAACUUUAGCAGCAUUUUCAAUGGUAAUUUCAUUGUCACCAAUGACAAUAUUAUCAUAUUUUGAUUUCCUUUGUGGUUUUUUAAAAGCAGUUUGAGAAACUGUUCCACCACCAAACUCUACUAGUUCAGUUAACUCUUUCUUUGUUGGAUUUUUUGCCUUGGGAUCAAAUUUUCCCAUAAAAUAGAACCUGUAACCUGAAAAUAAUCUAGUAUCUCCAUUUGCCAAUCUCUCUCUUGCUACUUUGCAAGAAUCAUAUUUUACAUUUGAAUCUCCAAGAGCACAAUAUUCCAGUUCGUCAAUAUGAGAAUUAGAGCUAAUUACUUUUUCAAUCCAAUCAACUCCUACAAUCCACACUCCAGAUACUACUCCUAUACAAUAUUUAAUAGUUCUUCGUGAAUAUCUAUUAUCAUCCAAAGUGGUUAUGAGAUGAGUUACCUCGUGAGUAAAUUCUGUAACUACAUCAGCCCCAAGAACUUUUGCAGCCAAAUCUAGCUUCUUCUUUGUGUCUCCAUUAAGAUUAGAGCCAAUUAAACAAAGUUUUUUGAGUUUAGAUCUCGAUAUUCUUUUCCUGCCAGUGGUGCUGGAACUUGUUUGAGAGUUUGUUUGCUGAGAAAUGGCCGUGCUUACACUUGGUGGAACCAGCUCAGAAGGUUGGAAAUUACUGGUAAACGUUGUUAAGAAGGGAAACUUUUCAUUCGAAAACCCAAACACACCAUAUAUAUCACUCAAAUCAGAUAGUAAAUCCUCAAUUUGUGAUAACUUGAGUCUUUUAGCGCUCAAGUCAGAAUCCACUUUUGAUAAUGCCUCCUUUGAUCUACUGCCAGAACUAGCAUCAAUUAUUGCUGUUGUUGAAGAAUCUGAAAUAUUUCCAUCCUGCUCUGAUGAAGAGGAAGGUUUACUUCUUGUAAACUUUCUCUUUCUGGUUAAUGUUGUAGAAGUGGAGCUGCUUCCAUAA